UUUAGCCGUUAGUUUAGCUAGCCGCUAAGCUAGCCGUUAACAUCGGAGAGACAAAACAGGACUUUCCGUACCACAUUUUCUGGUUAAAGAGAACCAGUGUGGCAUGGCAGAGCUGCACAUUAUAGGGCAGAUCAUUGGUGCAAGUGGUUUCCCGGAAAAGACUUUAUUUUGCAAAUGGGGAAUUCAUACGGGAGAAGCAUGGCGGCUUUUAUCCGGGCUGAAGGAGGGUCAGACCCAGGUGGAUAGCCCCCAAAUCGGAGACAUAGCGUACUGGAGCCACCCGAUCGAUCUGCACUACUCGACCAAAGGGCUGCAAGGCUGGCCGAAGAUUCACCUAGAGGUGUGGCAUCAGGAUUCUUUCGGACGGUGCCAACUCUAUGGUUAUGGUUUCUGCCACGUCCCUUCUAGUCCGGGACAUCACCGAAUACGCUGUGCGACCUGGAGGCCCGUGGGCUCCUGGCAAGAACGGCUGGCGCAAAUGUUCGUCGGCGGAGGUCCCCAGCUCCUCAGCCCUGACCUGAUCUACAGCGGGGCGGACAGAUACAGACUGCACACCGAAGCCAUGGGGACUGUGGAGCUGGAGCUGGGCAUCAUCACCAGACACUUUGACAAAUAUGGUGUCGAGUGUUGAGAUUUUGAAAUGGCAGAAAGACAGAAAAUAGAAACAGUUAUAGAUCAUAUUUGAGUCACUUGCUUUUAGUAGAAUUCUGUACUAUUUUUUUUUCUAAACUGCACUAUUUUUUUUUU